AUGCUCUCCGGUGGACUCCUCAGGUGUCUCGCCGUACUCAUCCUGAGCAACAGAGUCCUCUCAGCCCCCCACCAAGACGAAUGGCAGGACCUCACAAUACACAAGAGAGACCACCUCCUCGCCAGACAAGAACCGCUCUCUGCUACCGAGAGACCGGCGAGCCCCACGCAAACCCCCCUGGUACUACCGGACCCGGCCGAGCCCGAGACGUCCACACCCAUCCCGUAUAUCAUCCUCACGAUACGGGACCCCACUAAGAAACAGGACGUCAUCAAGGAACAGAUCCAGUACCUUAAGAAAAUACUCUCAACGGAAGCCGUCCCGGGGUCUCUGGAAGAGGUCACCAGCAAACGCACCGGCCUGGUCGUCUUAUUCAAGGCGGCAAUCACCUCCGCCCAGGCCGACGCCAUCGCGAGCCUCCCCGGUGUUGGCAGCGUGACCCCCGAUGAGAGACUCCAGGAAGAAGAUUCCCCCUCAUCGGCGCCGCCGUCGUUGACGCCUCGCCAAGAACGAGAACCGGGCCCGCCCGGCUUGACCGCCUCCACCCGCCUCCAGUCCGACGCCGUCGACGAGCUCAAAGUCGUCUCGCAGCCCCCCGGCUCAAGCCUCAAAGACCUCCCCGGGUAUAGAUACGCCUCCGAGGCGGGAAAGGGGGUGACGAUCUACGUGAUGGACAGCGGCGCCAACCCUCACAAUCCGGAAUGGGCAGGCAUGACGGGGAACAAAGAAUUCUUGUACGUCGCUGAAGCCAAGCGAGAGGAGAAGGACACGAGGAACCACGGCACCUGCGUGGCGUCCAAAGCGACAGGCCCGGCGUACGGCACCGCCAAGGACGCCAACCUGGUCAUGGUCAAGCUGCCCGACAGGAAGAUGAAGUCGGCCGUUCUUACGGCUCUCGUCGAGAUCAGCAACGACGUCUAUCAGAAGGGCAUCGAGGGCAAGGCCGUGAUUAAUAUGUCCAUAGGGCAUGUCAUCACCGAACAGAACCCAACGGCCCUCGCCGAACAGAACUCAACGUCCACCGUGACGGCCUACAGACUCCUCCUCGUCGCCCUCAUGGCCGAGGACAUUGUCAUCGUUGCGGCGUCGGGCAACGAAGCAGAGCCCGACUCCUUCGAUGUGGUGACCUACCCGGCCCUCUUCGGCACGACCACGGACCUCAUCGUUGUCGGCGCCGUCAAGAAAAAUGGCAACCGCGCCGACUUCGCCCGGGGGUCCGGCGACCAGCUGACCACGUCGGCCCCGGGCUAUGUAACCUGCGCAUCAGGUCGGUCCGAUGACUCGGUCAAGCGCCAUGGCACUUCCUAUGCCGCCCCAACUGUCGCCGGCGUCGUCGCCGUCUGGCUCUCCCAGGCCGAACACCGCGCCAGGCUCCAGGUCCCCGGUAAGGUCGCCGCCAACACGAAGGCCAUGGUCAAGUCCCUCUCGUACCCGCGCGUCAGGGGCGGGCCGCCCGUGAUCUGGAACGGCAUCGACCCGCGCCGCCGCGCCUGCAGGGUGAUGGGAAACCCUGCCAACAGACGGCGCCAGGACGGCGACGCGACGGACUGCGAAGAAGAGACCACCCCAACCGGCUCCUCUUCGACGACGACGACGACGAGGCCCCCUCCUCCUCCCCCGGCCUUCAGACCCUCGUGGAGCGAGAACCCGCAGGGCUUCCGGCGCGUCUUUGAACGGGACGGCGUCGCGAGCGACAACUAUGACGCCACCUCGAACAGCGUGAGCGAGCGCGUCACGGGCAACAUCGAGCAGUGGUGCCUGGCCAAGUGCACAGGGAUCGAUCUCUUGUUACUAGAGACCCCAAGACUGAUCAGAGACUUCGAAACGAACCUAGACCAGUGCGCCUCCGUCUUCCUCUACCGGGUGCUGCAGUUCAGACGAGGGGCGUAUUUCAACCCCUAUUACGUCUGUAACAGGUACAACUCGGCGUGGUCGACCGACUUCGUGAAACCGAGCUCAAGCAGCAUCGACUCCGGAGUCGCCUUCAAGUAA